CCAUAUGGCAAACGUAUAAACAAUCGGCCUAACAGAUUGAGGUUCAGUGACCAGUACGGUCUGGUUAAGUUGUCUUAUUGUUCUCUGUUCUUGGGAGAACACCAGUCUGGUGAUUAUUAUGGAGUCGUCUAUGAAGUCGAUCAAACCAUCACUAGUUAAAAAAAGAAACAAUGCUCAAGAUGUGAGUAAAUCCUGGUGGAGAAUAAAGCCCUUUUUGGCUCUCAUAUGUACAGCACUUUUGAUCUUUUGGUAUAAGACCACAUAUAUUCAAUUCGAAGAUACAGAUCUAGAAGAAGCAGGUUAUCCAUUUGACAUGGCAAAGGAAUCAGAACCAGUCGAUGAGAAGUUAAGAGGCUUGCCGCGUGGUAUCAUGCAGCCUAGAUCAGACCUCGAACUGAAGCCUCUCUGGUCUACUAGUAGUUUGAGGUCAAAGGGUGUAGAAAUGACUAACCGUAACUUGUUGGCGAUACCCGUAGGAAUUAAGCAAAAGGGUAAUGUUGACACUAUUGUAAAGAAGUUUCUUCCAGCGAAUUUCACGGUUGUUCUGUUCCAUUACGAUGGUAAUAUGGAUCAAUGGUGGGAUCUGGAAUGGAGUUCGAAGGCCAUACAUAUAGUUGCACAGGACCAGACUAAAUGGUGGUUUGCAAAACGAUUUCUCCAUCCUGAUGUUGUAUUCAUCUAUGAUUAUAUAUUUGUUUGGGAUGAGGAUCUUGGAGUUGAGAAUUUCACACCAGAGAGGUAUUUGGAGAUAGUUAAAUCAGAGGGACUGGAGAUAUCGCAACCGGCUUUGGACUCAAACUCGAGUGGAAUCCACCACAAAAUCACAGUCCGUUUUAGCACAAUGAUAUUUCAUAGGUUCAAAUUAUUUAUCCAUGAGAGAUUUUUUGUUUGUUUGCGAUGCAAGUUUUUAGUACUUGCUUUACAACAUGAUGCCGAAAAACACAGGAGAGUUUACAUUAGUAGAGGCCAUAGAGUUUGUUCUGAUGCAAGCCAGGAUCCUCCUUGCACAGGAUUUGUUGAAGGAAUGGCUCCUGUGUUUUCAAGAGCUGCUUGGUUCUGCACUUGGAAUCUUAUACAGAAUGAUCUGGUUCAUGGAUGGGGAAUGGAUAUGAAACUAGGGUAUUGUGCACAGGGAGACAGAACGAAGAAUGUAGGGAUCGUGGAUAGUGAGUAUAUAUUUCAUCAAGGCAUUCAAACUUUAGGUGAAAGUGGACACUCUGAGAAGAAGAGACAUGGCCAUGAUUCGAGAACCUCGAUAAGGAGGCAAUCAACAUGGGAGCUUCAGAUUUUUGAAGAACGCUGGAACAAAGCGGUGGAACAAGACAAGAACUGGAUCGAUCCAUCGUCAUCGAAGCCGAAGAAUAACGGUAAUAACAGAAGAUUAAGGCGUGGUAAGAGAAUUCAAGAGACAGAAACAACAGCAUAAAAAAAAAGAAACAACAGCAUAAACACAUAAAAAGGAUUUUUAUACACACACAGCGGUUCUAAUUAA